UAAAAAUAGCACAUUUUCAGCAAUACCUACAAUUGAUCCCGGAUCUCUAACUAUUGUUAAAAAAAAGACCGAUUUUAAUAGAUUGAUAAGAUUCUGACAAAGCAUUAUAGUAAGUCAUAAAAGUCUGGUAAAGCCUGUAGUCACCGUCCUCUCGCUGGAACCUUUAUUUUUAGGAGCCCAUGCCCACACAGCGUUCAUUUUAUAAGUAAUAUUUAAGGUUUUUAUUCUCUUGACACUCAAACCAAGCCAAAACAUGAAGUGACUCAACAUUUGUAUGCAUGUGGAUUGUUUGUUUGCACCUGAGCUCUUAAAUCUUGUACAGCAGCAGGAUGUUUGCGUUGUACACCAUCACAGACUUGUUUGUUUACUGCUGUUGUUUUAUUUUGCAGUAAUAUUUCAGCAUGGCUUUUAUAGGAAUAUCAGCUCAUGUACAGAGCAGGACCUGUGCAAGGUUUUGUUUUGAUUGUUAUGGAGCUUUAAAUAAACUGCAUUGAAUAAACUGAACUUAUAGCGCCACCUGUUGGUGAAUGAUUCACAUUGUGCAUGAAAGGAAUUGUUUACAUCACCAUGACUACUGCCAGUGUUUGUGGUCUCCAUGGAGGCAGAUAUAAACAAACCUCCUCAGGGAAGAGCAGCAGUUCCCGUGAGAGAACAAGUUAUAUUAACUUAUUUUGGUUACUUGCCUUUUAAUAUAGAUUAGAGUAAUUAGCCAUUAUGUCUAUAAAUACAACACAUGGGCUUCCUUUCCUGCCAGGCAACACUUUUCGCAAUUUAACGAAAUCCGCUUUCCACAGAGCUCAGACUCUUGAUUUUAAGAACGGUUAUGCUCUGCCCCGGCGGCCCGCGGUCGGUACAGGACAAGAGCCUCUUCUGUCAGUGAACAUCAGUCACAGUGAGAGGAACCAGCUGAUCAAUGACAUCCCGAACCUGACCUACGGUACAGACACACACCGACACCCACCGCUACAACACAUACCGGCACACGCUGCUUAUGACAAGAAGGUUCUGCGUUUUUACGGUUUCUUCCGGCAGGAAGUGUUGCACUCCCCAGAUGAGCACUUUCGCGUUCGUCCGGUGGUGAUUUAUUAUCACUUGGACGAUGACAGCAUGUGUGUGAUCGAGCCACCGGUGGAAAACUCGGGAAUUCCACAGGGAAAACUGAUCAAACGGCAGAGGCUGAUCAAAAACCAGCGCGGAGAUCUUUACCAUUGGAAAGACCUUAAUGUUGGGAUGGACAUGAGUUUGUUUGGAAUAGACUACAGGAUAACACAGUGCGAUGCCUUUACACAGGACUUCAUGGAGAGUCAGGGAAUAGUACUAAAUGAGUCGGAGUCCAUUCCCAGUGACCCGUACACCAUCCGCCGCAUUCAGACACAACAAACUCACAUCACACCUUACGACCACAAUCAUCAGCUGGAGCGGUUCCUCGCCCUGGAUCGACAGGUGCUGCGCUUCUUUGCGCUUUGGGACGACUCGGACUCUCUGUAUGGAGAGAAACGGCCUGUAACGCUGCAUUACUAUCUUGUGGAUGAUUCUGUUGAGAUCUGUGAGCAUCACGAGGCCAACAGCGGCCGGGACCCAUUCCCAGUUCUGCUCCGCAGACAGAGGGUUCCCAAACACAUCAAACCAGCCUGUGAGCCAUUCCCCAGCAGUGUUCUGGAAGUUUCCCCUCAUGAUGUGGAGGAGUAUUUCUCUCCUCAAGACUUCAGGGUCGGUGAGGAGGUCCUGCUGAUGGGGAGGCGCUUCCUGCUGUAUGACUGUGACAACUUCACCCGGAAAUACUUUCAGAAGAAUCACCCCGACAUCUUGCUAAAACCGUUUACUGUUGACACUAGGACACCACAAGAGAUCAAGAGGGUAAUUCCUCCGUAUAACGGCUUCGGUUCUCUGGAGGACUCGUUACAGAACUGUCUGUCUCUGGUUCCUGAACCGCCCAAGAAAGAUGUGAUCAAACUGCUGGAGAACGACCACAAAGUCCUGCGUUACGCCGCACGGCUGGAUUCCCAGAAUCCCCUGGAUGAGGGACGGCGCUUCGUUCUGUCUUACUACCUGUCUGAUGACAUGAUCGGCAUCUUUGAGAAAUCCGCACAUAAUUCCGGCAUCAUCGGAGGAAAAUUCCUAGAGAAGACUCGUGUCCCAAAACCAGGAAGCACGGUAGAAAACCCAGAAUACUACGGACCAGCAGACUUCGCUAUUGGAGCUACUGUGGAAGUGUUUGGCCACCGGUUUGUCCUGACGGAUGCUGAUCGUUACGUGUCAAGUUAUCUGGAGUCACUGUCCCAUCACAUCCCUGAACACACACUGUCUUCACUGAGACAGAAGACCUCAGACCAGGACGAGCAACGUGAAGCUGAGACAGAUGGAGCUCCAGACCUCCUCCAGAGCUGAAAUCUGCUGAGCAGUUCUGUCCGGUAUAAUGCUACCAACCCUCAAGACAGCAACAGAUAUCAUCUGUGAAAAUGACUUUUU